AGCAAGCUAGCAAACUACUAACCAUGGAAAAGUGUUUUUGACUCUACUGAAAGAGCUAUUGCUGGUUUCUUCUAUACGUCUGCCUCAUCUUUCAUCUGGAAAAUUAUUCAAGGUACUAGCUAAUGCCAAACAAUAGGACAGGACUACUGGAAACACCCCUGGGCUUAGAUAAGGCUUAGUAGCAUCACCUAAUAAAAGAAGAUGCGUGCUUUUGUGACUGUUAGCUGGGUCCCGCAUUUGUAAAAGAAUUGAUCCAUUUUUAGCUACUGGACUUUAAGAGCUGUGGUAUUAGAUUUGCAUCAGUAAUCAGCCAGGGGGGCUGUAUGUCCCAUUCAUCGGCAGCAGAGAGCACCUGUGGGCUGAGGCAGUGGGAUGGAAGCCCUUUAAAGGUGUCCUCCUUAAAACCAUGUACACAAAGGAUUAUUUUCUGGCAAUUGUUCUUCUGGACCAACAUUCAGAUCCAUUCUGGAAUCGUAAUUCCUUUGAGACUGACUCAGAUUUACCAGCUGGAUGGAUGAGGGUCCAUGACACAUCUGGAACUUACUAUUGGCACAUUCCUACUGGAACAACACAGUGGGAACCUCCAUCACCCCUUUGUGAAGUUCAGGGGUCUGUGAAACCCUCAUGUUCCUCCCAGGCCACCACGCCAUCUGAGGAACAGCAGCUGACCUGGACAGGACUUGGUCAUAGUGACAGAUGUGAUGAAGGGGACCUUUGGAAAGAUGUGCACACAGAUGCUGUGGACCCUGACCCUAGUUUAAAGGAGUUUGAAGGAGCAACACUUCGUUAUGCAUCGCUUAACAUCAGUUCUGGUGAGACAGAGGAUGUUGAAAAUAAAUUGUCUGUGAGCACAGACCUGGAAUCCAAGGUUUUUGCAGUCCGUUCCCUUGGUUGGGUAGAGAUGUCUGAAGAAGACCUGGCUCCUGGAAAAAGUAGUGUAGCUGUCAAUAACUGUAUUCGCCAACUGUCAUACCACAAAACCAAUCUUCAUGAUACUGUCGGUGUCUGGGGAGAGGGGAAAGAUAUGCUUCUAAUUCUAGAGAAUGAUAGUUUAAACCUAGUUGAACCAGUAGGACAAACCUUGCUUCACUCUCAACCAAUUGUCAGCAUCCGUGUCUGGGGUGUGGGACGGGACAAUGGAAGAGAGAGGGACUUUGCGUAUGUUGCAAGAGACAAGUUAACAAGAGUUUUGAAAUGCCAUGUGUUUCGAUGUGACACACCUGCAAAGAAUAUAGCCACCAGUCUUCAUGAGAUCUGCUCUAAGAUUAUGGCUGAACGCAAGAACAGUAAAACUGGUCUUAAUGGACUGACUUUUGAUCAUACUCGACUGGUUGAUAUUCCAUUCCAAGUUGAAUUUCCAGCCCCAAAGAAUGAAUUGGUUCAAAGAUUCCAGGUUUAUUAUAUGGGACACUUGGCUGUGAGCAAACCUGUAGGAUGAGGUGAUGUCAGAGUGCCGUGUUCGCUUCCUUUCCUUCAUGGGUGUGGGAAAAGAUGUUCGAACAUUUGCCUUCAUAAUGGCAACAAGCCCAGGCAACUUCCACUGCCAUAUGUUCUGGUGUGAGCCAAAUGCAGCCAGUCUUUCGGAAGCUGUCCAGGCUGCAUGUAUGCUGAGAUAUCAGAAGUGCUUAGAUGCGAGACCCCAGAGUUUAAGUUCAUGCUUGCCAGCCCCACCUGCAGAUUCUGUGGCACGUCGUGUUGGUUCCAGUGUCAAGAAGGGAGUGCAGUCCCUCCUUGGAAGUUUCAAACAAAAACGCCUUGGGACUCAAACUCCAUAAGGACUCAGCAGUGGAGUAUCUGCCACCUACUACUUAAGAUUGUCCGUAACAUUUAACCCAUUCACUUCAGAACUGUAAUAGUUAGACACUCCUUAAUCACAGCGUAGACUGAACAGGUACUCCAUCCAUUUUGAUAUAUACUUCUAUCAGCUCUGCUUCAGAAUUCCUGCUGACUGCUAACUACAACAUGGAACGCUGUUGUGGAUUAACCUCUUAACUUUCCUGUGAAGAAUCCAGUUGCAUCACCUUCCCACACAUGGCUCCAUUUGGGUUAGAAUGCCAAGUAACAAUGUUAACAAAUAUUGUUUAUUGUAACCAAAUGUACAGUUUCUUCUGUCUUCUCUUGUUGUUGCCUUAGGUUAAUUAUGAACUAGGAAAACUAUAGAAUUGGUGAGACAUGCAGUGUGUUAGUUCAACAUUUCUGAGUGUGUGUUUAGACCACUGGCCAAUUAGCUUUAGGAACUUACCGUUUCAUUUGUAAAGGUAGGCAGGUGACAUUUACAUUACCUGCUUGCUCCAUUAUAAAAUUACAUCUGUUACUGUUUGGUAUGGAAUAGUUCUCUGUAACCAAUCAAAAUUACUUGAUACAUGGAAAAGACAAUAUUCUCUGUUUUUGGGGUGGACUUGAAUGGGGUAACUGUUAAUGUAAAAGUGCAUUGCCUUCCUUGAUAUAAACACUGCCUUGAGGAUUAAA